CACGGGCAGGUAGCGUGAACAAUCUGUUUCAGUGUGAGCCUUUCAAAUGACAACGUGGACAUAAGAUCGUAGUUUUUUUGUGUGUGUGUUAAUCAUGUGUUUUUAUCGACUGAAUGCAAGAACCAUGAUCAUAUUCCGUGUGAAACCAAUUACAGCAUUUUUUUCUGAUUAUUAUUAAAGUCAAGCAUUGCUAAAUAAAGAGGGCAAAUUGAUGCAAGACAAAAUCCCAGCAGAGUCUUCAGUGUUUUUACUGGCAGAAGGGAUUACAGCAAUUACAGCUCAGACAGCCAUAUGCAUCCAGCUUGUAAGCCUUGUAAGAGUAUAAAAAGGUUUUGUUGAAUAAGAACGAGAACAGGAACAUGCUUUUUCGAUUAAAGCGUUGGAUUUGAAGUGAACAGGUCCAAAUUCGUUAACAUUAAUAUGUUAAGAUAUGGCGGUUUUUAGAGGAACUACUGAAGCAAAUGUUGGAGAUUUCUUUUGUCUUCAAUCAGCCCCAUUUUUUCUCUUCCAUUCAUUUGUUAUGUACUUUAAACAAUCACUUAAAGAUGCUGCUAGGCUACUGUGGUUUGAAUCUCUUUAAGUGGAACCAUGUGUAUGUGCCAUUAUAGCAACUUUUAUCAAGGGCCCCAUAAUUAACAUUAAUAAAAGGCUGAUAUUUAUCAGUGUAGUCGCGGUGGAUCACUAUGUGAUGACCUCCGGGUGGUUGCAUGUCUCUUCCGUUUUUGGCAGAACCUAAAUGUAGUGCUUUUUUUUAUACAGACUUUUGUGUUUUAAACCAACUUUGGAUUUUUACUUCAGAACUGCACCAGUGUACAUCAUGCACACCUCCCAACUUUCCUUCUUACAAAACUGAUUCCACAAUUCUGAUGCCAUUUGUGUGAAAUGCAUUAUAAACAUAGUCAAAUUGUCCUUCACAACAACUUCUUGCUGGCCCACAGCUCCAGGGUCCUGAGUUCAAUCUUGAGCUCAGGUUACUGUCUGUUUGUGAGUUUUGCACGUUCUCCUCAUAUAUUUUUCCUCCAGGUUCUCCAGGUUUCUCCCACUGUCCAAAAACAUGUAGAGAGACUAUGCAACAUUCCCCCUAGAUGAGCAUGAGUGUGUGACAACCUCUAAACACACAUAGAAAACAGUAUUUUUCAUCACCCCAGUCUACUAUAACUAAAAUUUAAUGGUAUUUAAUGGUUAGAAUAGUUCACAACCACUUCACUACUGUUUUAUCCCGAAUUUCCUCAAGAUCAUCGGAAGAAGAAAAAUAUGUUUAGACUGUUUGUAAUGUCAUCUUGAUAUUAGCAUGGAUGAAAGUUCACAUUUUGUGUAUCUGGUCAUUUACUUCAACAAUUUUUUGCCUGAGAUUAGUUAACACGUUUUUCAAUGGUACGGGAAUGCUUUUGUUAACUGCUUUUAAAUGAUUUUUUUUUAGAAGUUUAAAGAGCUCAAUGGAACCCCAAAGGAAUCAGCAACCUGUCACUUUUCGACGCCAGUCACUGACCCUCUGAAGGAACAGGUCUGAAAUUUCAAAGAAAUGACCACCUGCAUUGCUGAAGACAUUUCCAUAACUUCAGUCGAUUUGUCAGACGUAACCAGCUCUUCAUCCAUUUCCGAUAAAGUCUGUGUUCACUGGGGUAGGACCUGGCUGUUUUAUUUCUUACCUUAUUUUUUGUUUUCGAAUAACUACCACCAGCCACUCUGCAUUCAUGUGUUUGUCUUUUAUCCAGGAUGUGAGCUCAGUUCCAGCCAAACCACAGUCGUGUUUGAGGCAGAAGAUGAUCUUUUGGAGAACCAGUUCUUCAUCAAAACAAUAUGCCUGAGUGCACAGGCAAGUGAUGAGCUGCAUGUAGUUGCUGUAUCUGACGGAGUUGGCGAGUCCAAGCCUAUUCCGAUUGCGACCCUGCGUCACUGUAUGCCCACAGUCAGCUUCCCUGCCUUGGAGCUAAUGCCGCCUGUUACCUUCAAUUUGUGUUCAGGCAAAGGGCCGGUCUUCAUCUCUGCACAGCACAUUACACUUAAUCCUACUGAAAAUACAGAAGAGGAGGAGGAUGGAGGAGGAAGCUUCUUGGUUGAUGAUCUGACAGACUGAACUAUCAUCAAUCCAAUGUGUGGAUGAAUUUGAGCAUUUUUUGAGAUCAAAAUGUUGACAACAGCUUGGAUGUGUGGGAUCGGUGAUGUGAUGUUUAUGAUUCGGAAUGAAAGAAAUAUGUCACAGGAAACAAAUCCAGAGUCUUGGUAUAUUUAGGCAGCAGGCUGUGAUGUUAUUUGUCUGCCUUUUCUUUUAGCACUAAUCAGAUACAGGCGAUGAACCCACGGUCAAGUGCUUACUUGCUGAAAUUAAUGAAUGCGAUGCAAAUUAGAAAAGAGCAACGAUGAUUGCCGCACUGAAUUCACUGAUGCGUCUUAAUAUAUGAAUAGAAGUGGGUUUGAUCAUCUGUCUGACCGUGAAUAAUAGUGAUUUGUAUUGUUAAUAUGAAAAGUGUGACUGGGGUUUUUUUUUGUGUGUGUGUGACGAAAAUGCAAUUAAAUGUCAUUUUUAUCACUGAUGCAAAUCAGACUGGGUGUGAAAUAAAACAUUAA